GGAAACUAAAUGUUCCAAUAAUUCCAGCACCCCGUGAAUGCGAUGCCAGACAUGCGCAGUCUUCGCUAGCACCAGCUUUGUUGGGUUGCUAUCUGCUACUGCUAACUAGCACAUAUUUCCUGCCUCUGCCUGGACACAGCUAUGGACAUCGACGCUUUACUGGAAGCACUUCAAGGCAAUUAUGAGAAGAAAGGCAAGGAGACCUGUCCUGUUCUGGAGCAAUUCUUGUGUCAUGUUGCCAAGACAGGGCAGCCAAUGAUUCCAUGGACGCAGUUCAAAGCGUACUUCAUGUUCAAGUUGGAAAAAGUCAUGGAUGACUUCCAUGCCUCCACACCAGAACAGAGAGGACCUCACAAUCCCAACGUGGAUUAUGUUCCUUUUGAAGACAUGAAGCAGAGGAUCUUAAAAAUAGUGGACGGUUACAAUGGAAUCCCAUUCACCAUCCAGCGUCUGUGUGAACUCCUGACGGACCCCAAGCGCAACUAUUCAGGAACGGACAAGUUUCUCAUGGGUUUAGAGAAGAAUGUAAUGGUGGUCAGCUGUGUCCACCCCACAUCAGAGAAAAAUGGUGCAUCCAGUGUCAACAGAAUGAAUGGAGUGAUGUUUCCUGGUAACUCUUCUCUAUAUACAGACAGAAAUAUAAACGGACCAGGCACACCGAAACCGCUCAACAGACCAAAGCUGUCGUUGUCGACUUCACUUUCGACCAACGGGCUUCCUGAAUGUCCAGUCGGUAAGGAGCCAGAGCCAACAACAGAGGAAGUGGAGGAGCAGCACAUCAGCGAUUCGUCAUCAUCAGACGGUGAUAGUUCACCGAACACUGGCAUAAAGAACAAACACUCCGAGGAGGAAGAGGAGGAGGAGAACUCUGAUGCAGAAAAGCACGAGGUGAAGAGGCUCAAGUUCGACGAAAAGGAAGAGGACGAUGAGGCAGAAAGUGGAGAGAAGGAGUCAUCGUGUUGUAAAGGUUCAGAGAGUUCCUCGGAGACAACAGAGUCUUCUAAAGACUCCGGUGGUCAGGAGGAUGAAAGUGAAGCAUCUGGUGACGCACCGACUAUUUCAAAGGAUCAUGAGCCCUCCAGCGCUGACACAGAACCUUCUGGAAGUGAUGAAGACCCAUCUGACAGAGGGGACGCACACAGUCCGGAGAAAGACAGCAGCCUAGAUCAACCUAGGCAGCCGGCUCCGUCAGAGAAGAGUGAGAAGUCUGAUGGAGACAGCAGCAGCAGUGACGGAGAGGGCGUAUCCAGCGUCAAGCAGGUCCCUUCCUCCUCCGGUGAUUCCCCUGACUUGUCAACAGAGGGCAGCGCUGAGGAUUCAGACACCACAAAGACUGCUACAGAGCCUGGUGAACAUGACUAACGUGUAGCCCAGCCUGCCAGCUGACUUUUUUUACACUGUAUUAUACCACACCAAGGGUAUAUCUGUAGCACUGUGGACCUCUAGACUCCACGACCAGGAGAGAUGUGGACCGCAAGAUUCCUCACAGGCGGAUGUUUUUGUCCUCUGCAGUUCAAACUGAGGCUACACGUCGCCUGGUCUUUUAACUGGAAGGAAAUGAUUUCAAAGAGAUUUCACAGACUCUGUUUUUUUCACUGUUGACUAAAAGUUUUUCUAAUCUGUUUUCUGAUUUUUAUAAAUGAGAUUUAUAAUUUAACCUUGAUGACUGAUUUAUUCAAAAAAUGUCACUCUGUACUUAUUUGGCAUGCAUUUCAAAAAAAGAUCCAUUUGACCGUUUGAGUUGGAUUUUGGCCUACGAGGAGGUGAUUGAGUUCAUUUCAGAUGAAUGUGUCUCUACAGUUGAAUGAAAAACACUGCUUUUUCUAUGAAGCACAUACCAUAAAAUGUAUUUCUUAUUAACAUUAUAUUGCACUUGUUUGCAUUGACCCCUUGAAGGAUAUGAAAAAUGCAAAAGUUUUGAGUUGUUACUGUACUACGCUGAUAAUGACACAAAAAUUGCCAGUAGUAACCAGUUUUGGUAGAUAGUAGUUUUGGCUUAAGGGAAACCUUUCUGCUUCAAAAUCUGUCAGCAGAACACAAGGUACUUUUUCACCUUCUGUAUGUCAUACCUUUGUUGUACAAUUGUCCCUUUUGAUAGCUUGGAUUUAUACAGUAUGUAUCUGUAAAUCAGUUUUUGUAGACUUGUAAUACUUGUCCACUGCCUUCGUUGAUCAGUUCGCUGGAAAUUGAGUUCUUGAGGUUGUAUCAUAGUAUUCAUGGAAAGCAAUAAAUGCUAAAACUUUAAA